AACCCUUAGGGGGGUAACGUCACUCCCCCUGGCAUAUCAGCCUCUGUCCUCUAUUCUUGUCCACCACAUCGCCACAGAGAACGUCAACAUCGCAUCCAUCUUCAACUAGAAAUGGUUUACAAACUACAUCUGACCAAAGCAGAAAUCCUCCCCGAUUCCGUACGCAUCGGCAAGGAGUCAUUCCUAUGCUCUGGUAUGCAUGCUGGCUGAAGUGUAGUCUAGUGAAUUUGGGAAAGGUCAUUUAAAGUGCAAGGUGAGUGCGCCGAGAAUGAUUUGUGACAAAGGAAAUAUCAGCAAGAGGCAACAACAGUAACUUCAGGGUCUCAUUGCAAACGCGCCUUUACACAAGAGCACGGAAUAAUCAUGCCUGUACGAAGAGGUCAUGUUGCGCCACAAAAUACAUUUCUUGGGAUAAUAAUACGGAAAUUCGAGGGACAGAAUAGGAAAUUUGUCAUAGCCAAUGCCCGGGUGCAGAACUGUGCAAUCAUCUACUGUAACGAUGGCUUCUGUGAGAUGACUGGCUACUCCAGACCGGACGUCAUGCAGAAGCCGUGCACCUGUGAAUUCCUCCAUGGCGAGCACACUGACACACAUGCCAUCAGCCAGGUGGACCAGGCUCUGAUGGGCUCAGAGGAGCGCAAGGUGGAAAUCACAUAUCAUCGCAAAGAUGGGACGGACUUCCAGUGCUACACUCACAUAAUCCCGGUGAAGAACGAGGAAGGCGUAGUGAUGUUGUUCAUUCUAAACUUUGAUUACGUACUUGAGGAAGGAAGCAGCGACUCGACAGAGAAGCUGAAUCACUCAUCCCCGGAAAGAACUGAUUCCAGAAAGGGACGAUUCUUCCGAUUCCGCCAGGCUGCCUUGAGUCUGGUCUCCAACAAACAGUCUCUUCCACAAGAAGACCCAGAUGCCGUCGUGGUGGACUCCCUCUCCCCCAAACAGAACGAGGACUCUGUGGCUCUGACCAACUUCCAGUCGCCCCCGACCGAGGACAACUGCAGCCCCACCGAUGCCAACGACACACGGGCCCUCAUCAGCUCCAGCCACCACUCCUCCCAGGCCAGUGUGCAUGGACCCGGACCCCUGGACCACUCCUCUCCCAAGCAGCACCCGUGGGACAGGCUGUACCAGACGGAGGCGCACCAGUCCACCACCUGCCUCGCACACACCAUCUCCAGAGGCAGCAUCAGCGGGAGCAGCAUGAGGCGAGCGUCCUCCGUCCACGACAUAGAAGGCUUCAGCAACUCCAAGAGCAUGUUCAGGGACCGACACGCGAGUGAAGACAAUGGUCGCUAUAUCAGAGGUCCGUUCAAUCAUCUCAAGUCCAGUUUGCUGGGCUCCACCUCUGAGUCCAACAUCAACAAGUACAGCACCAUCAACAAGAUCCCGCUGAUUGCGCUCAACUUCACGGAGCGGAAUAACGAAAACAAGGCACACUCUCCCCCAUCGUCAGAAAACACUAUCAUAGCACCCAAGGUUAAGGACAGAACGCACAACGUCACUGAGAAAGUCACACAGGUACUGUCACUGGGUGCUGAUGUCCUUCCAGAAUACAAGCUCCAGACUCCACGCAUGGACAGAUUCACCAUCCUCCACUACAGUCCCUUCAAAGCUAUGUGGGACUGGCUCAUCCUGCUGCUGGUCAUCUAUACAGCCAUCCUCACACCCUACUCUGCUGCUUUCCUACUCAAUGACCGCGAGGAGCAAAUGAGGCGCGAGUGUGGAUACUCCUGCAAUCCCCUGAACGUGGUGGAUUUCAUGGUGGACAUCAUGUUCAUCGUUGACAUCGUUAUCAACUUCCGGACCACAUAUGUGAACCUAAACGAGGAAGUCGUCAGCCAACCAGGGAAGAUCGCCAUUCACUAUUUCAAAGGCUGGUUCCUUAUAGACAUGGUGGCUGCGAUCCCCUUUGACCUGCUUAUCUUCGGUUCAGGAUCAGAUGAAACCACCACUCUGAUUGGCCUAUUGAAGACAGCCCGACUUCUGCGAUUGGUGCGUGUUGCCCGGAAACUGGACCGUUACUCUGAGUACGGAGCGGCUGUACUCAUCCUACUCAUGUGCAUCUUUGCACUCAUCGCUCACUGGCUAGCUUGCAUAUGGUACGCCAUUGGCAAUGUGGAGAAGCCUUACCUGGAGCACAACAUUGGUUGGCUCGACAAUCUUGGGGUAUCCAUUGGCAAGAGGUAUAACUUCAGUGACCCUAACUCUGGGCCCUCCAUCAAGGACAAAUACGUCACAGCACUUUACUUCACUUUCAGCAGUCUAACCAGCGUGGGCUUUGGGAAUGUCUCCCCAAAUACCAACUCAGAAAAGAUCUUCUCUAUCUGUGUCAUGCUGAUCGGCUCCCUCAUGUAUGCCAGCAUCUUCGGUAACGUGUCAGCUAUCAUCCAGCGGCUGUACUCGGGCACGGCCAGGUACCACACCCAGAUGCUCCGGGUCCGAGAGUUCAUCCGCUUCCACCAGAUCCCCAACCCGCUAAAGCAGCGGCUGGAGGAGUAUUUCCAACACUCCUGGACCUACACGAAUGGCAUCGACAUGAACACGGUGUUAAAAGGCUUCCCUGAGUGUCUGCAGGCAGAUAUCUGCCUCCACCUCAACCAGGCUCUGUUGGAGAGCUGUAAGGCCUUCCACGGAGCCACCAAGGGCUGCCUGAGAGCCCUGGCCAUGCGCUUCCAGACCACCCACGCCCCCCCAGGGGACACCCUGGUCCACAGCGGAGACGUCCUCACCGCACUUUACUUCCUGUCUCGGGGCUCCAUAGAGAUCCUGAAAGAUGACAUUGUGGUAGCCAUUCUGGGAAAGAAUGACAUCUUUGGAGAAAUGAUCCAUCUGUACGCCAAACCUGGAAAGUCCAAUGCGGACGUCAGGGCCCUGAGUUACUGUGACCUGCACACCAUACAGAGAGAUGAUCUCUUAGAGGUGCUUGACAUGUACCCUGAGUUUGCCGAUUUCUUCCUGACAAAUCUGGAGCUGACGUUCAACCUCCGAGAUGAGAAUGGCAAGGCCGCGUAUUCUCACGCUAGUGACUCAGAUCCAGAGGAAGACGUUAAGAGCACAAAGAUCACAAGAAGGAUCUCCUUCACACCGCAUCCAACUAAAGGCGAGUUCUGUAUCCACACUUUGCACGAGCACUUCCUCUUGUCAUUUUUCACUGAGCAGCUCUCUCAGUCCCAGAGGAGUUCAGUGCUUUCUCUCUGUAAUAUUAGAGCACGGUGUGUUCCACUGCCUCGUCUUGAUUACAAUUCCACAGGGGGAAGCAACAAGGAAACAGAAAAUGACUCCGGGAGGGAGAGGGAGUCCUACUUGUGCCUAAAGAGAACUUCAGUUGACCUGAAACAGUCAGGGAAGGAGGAGCAGAUGUCCAUGGGCUCGGCCAUCCAGGGGUGUCCCUCGGUGGAAGACCUUGCACUGGGGCUCGACUCCAAUCCCCCUGGGGACAUCAUGGAGAGAACUCCCUCUUUUGACGAUAACAUUGAGCAUGGAAAUCAAUUGCUGUUCUCCUACAGACAGUCAUCUACAGUCACCUCAGAUCUGUGCAAUGACAAAUGGGUCUGCGAGAAGCCCCGAGACUACCUGGAUGAGUCAGCACAAUUGCAGGACCUGAGGGGCGAGGAUGGCGAUGCCAGUGAAAUCACAUACGGAGAAGUGGAGCAACGCUUAGAUCAGCUCGAAGAGCACUUGAACAGGCUGGAGUCCCAGAUGACAUCAGAUAUUCAGACCAUCCUGCAGCUCCUGCAGAGGCAGUCCACACUGGGACCUCCUGCCUACAGCACUGUGACUGCUAGUCCAGACUAUCAAAGGCCAGCUGUUAUGGUCCAGCCAAUCGCUGCUUUGACCAGCAGCCAUUGCUUCAGCCAUUCAUCAUCACAAAGUCCUGAACUCAACUUGGAGAGGAGUCAUCAGGAAUCCAAAGACUCGCUGUCAGGCUUGGCUUACAUGGAUGAUUCACCCAUAGAGGACAGCCUUACAGUACUGCUUGUACAAAGAAACACACAGAACAAACAUGCAGGGCAUCAGCAUUCCAAAUCUCUCUUUCUUCCUAUUGAGGACUCCUCUCCACUAUCAGACUCAUCUCCCAACACAGGACUCCAUAGGCCAGUCUCAGACCCAGGACCUCCAAGGCCAUAGAGCAAGAUCUCUUAUUUUCAUUUUGCCUGUCUUCUCUGAAGUGUGACUCAGGGUUUCAUUCUCUCUUAAUUGCAUUGCAAUAUGUGAAGUAUCUUGUAGUUUUCCUCCUGAAAUGAUUUGCAUGACAGAUUGUUUUCGUUGCAUGGUAGCUUUGAUUCAGACCUCUGACAGGCAAGUGUGAUUUUGGUAGGUUGACAAGGUAGUACAUUUACUUUCACCAUAGUAUGUUUCUUUUCUUUUUUUGCACGGCUUAUUUGAACCACAAGUAGCUGUAUGAUAAAGGCAUUGUCCAUAUACUUCAGACUUUGUUUUAGAUUGCAGUUUAUUUUACUAAAUGAUUAUGCAUACACAGUAUUACAUGUUAUGUAGCACAUGGAGCUAAUGUUAGCUUAUCAAUAGGCCCAGGAAAUAUAGAUGGUGUAUUGUGCCUAUAACUAAAUCCAAAAAUCAAAUCAGUAGCUUUAUGUAGCCUCACUCUGCUCAUUCUCAACAUAAACUCAAUCACAUUGUUUUCCAAUGUAUUCUGCUCUCAUAGUAAAUGCACAUGAAUACAAUCUUAUAAGGAAAGACAUGUACAAAUAUGUAAAUGUAUUUUUAUUUAUUAAGGAAUACAUUAAAGGAUGGGGUGCCAUUGAAAUGUUAGUGGUAGCGUACGUUUGUCCUGAAGCUAUGGGAGCAAUAAAAUUAAACUGAAGCAUUUACUUUUGAAGAACUUCCAGUUGGUUGACCUUUUUUCUAAAGAUUUGGUCCACCAUAUCUGUUCGUGGGGGAAAUGUCUUUUGCACUAAAAGCUGCUUGAAUAUUCAGCAAUGCAAUUAUUUUGUGCAUGCAUUUACAAUCCAUGUUCAAUGGUGUACUGUAGUAUUUACAGCAGGGGAUAACAAAUGCCCUUGCUCUCUCUUCAAUAUAAAUGAAUGAAGACAAGACAGUAUACUUGCAUGUCCAAAGCACUAAAACGUUCAAGCGAUGGAAGGAUUUAGGUUCCAUGAUUACUGUAUUAUAAUUAUAGAAUGAGUGUGUCACAUUAAGUCCAUUUCCAAACAAGGACACGUAUAACAAAGUAACAGACAGUAAACGUAUAAUCACAAUAGUCCAACUAAUGAAUGUUUAUUUUUACAUUUCCUGAAAUCAGUAGCCUAGGUAUUGCAUGGAAAGUAAAUGCGUGGUAAAGUCCUUAGUAAUCUUUUGCAUAAAUUUGGCCUGAUUCACACAAACUAGGGGGAUAAAGAAACAAUUAGUUGGUCUAUUUUUUAAAUUAUGUUUUUGACACAUUUUCAACAUGUCUUGCUUUUUACACUCCACUACAAAUAAUUGGAAUGUUUCUGCGCAGAAGUGAUUACAGACACAAUGUAAAGAGUACAAUUGGGUUUAGCUAAUUACCUUGCCUAUUUCAAGAAAUAAAAAGUAUAUUUAAUACAA